GAUCAUUUGAUGAGAUAAAAAAUUAAUAAUAGAAAUAAUAGAAAUUUUCCAUCGGAUGGCAUUCCAAAUACUCCUUUAAUUAGAGAAGCUUUGCCAAACUUGUUAUAUGGGGAUGCGGCUACAUUUCAAAUGGUCCCUACACCAGGAAAUUAUGCAACUGAUCCAAAAGUAUCUUGUGUCGAUCCAUUACCCGCUGGUAAUUAUCCUUUACCUAGAUGUGUUAGUAAUUUAAUUACCGCUAUGACGUUAAAAGACACGGAUUCUUUUGAUCUUAAACGUUUGGAUAAAUUUAAAAGUAAACGAAAAAAUUCUCAUAUCUUAACGUAUUGGGCAUUCUUCAUAAGGAUGGAUAUUAUUAUUGCCCCUUCUAGAGGUGACAUAUUUCCUCAGGGGGUAUAUAUCCCUACAGAUGAUCAGUCAUAUUUAUCAAAUUAUCGAAAUGGUCUUUCUGCCAGUUCAUUUGCUUAUAACGUACCAUUCCUUUCAUUUAAUCGAUCAGUAGCAGAUGGUAAUCAUACAGGAUUAAACACAGCCACAUCAUUUCUUGAUGCGUCCACUAUUUAUGGAAACUCUGAAGCAGAUUUACAAUUACUUCGAGAUUAUGGUAAUAGAGGAAAAAUGAAAUUGGCUACUUAUCCAACGCCUGAUGGGCAACUCGGUUAUCCACGCACAGAUGAGGAUGGAAAUUUGAUUAUAGGAAUUAAAGCAACAACGAAAAAUGUCUUUACCGAUACGUUUACUACGAUUUUUUUACGUGAACACAAUCGAUUAUGCGAUGAACUUUAUGAAGUCAAUAAAGAUAGUUGGGAUGAUGAAAAAUAUUUUCAGGAAGCUAGAAGAUGGGUUAUAGCUUAUAUACAAAAAAUAACUUAUUAUGAAUAUCUUGGAACCGCAUUAGGAGUUCCUUUACCUCCAUAUACUGGAUAUAGACCAGACAUUAGGCCACAAAUUGAUACUUUCUUUUCUUCCGUUACCUUUCGUUAUGGACACUCUGAGAUUAGCGAUUUUUAUAACAUCGUAAAUGAACAUGGAGAUUAUCUUGCGACAUUAUCAUUACACGAUUUAAAAGAGAAGUCCAUAUUACAACUUUAUGGGGUUCCAUCACUCGCCCUUUCAUUAUCGCUUCAAUUACAAGAAGAAGUUGACAUCUGGUUUUCUGAAAAUAUGCGAAGUUAUCAUGCAAAACUUAGAUCACCAGACCCAGCUAUGGACAUUGCUGCUCUUGACAUAAUUCGAGCUAGGGAUCAUGGAAUUCCAUCAUAUAAUGAUGCAAGAGCAGCAUUCGGCUUGUCAAGAAAAGCAUCAUGGGAAGAAAUAACAAGCGAUGCUGAAGUACAACAAAAAUUAAAAUCUACUUACACUUCAGUUGAUCAAAUUGAACCAUUAAUGGGUGCAUUAGCAGAAGACCAUAUUAAUGGAGGAAAUUACGGAGAAUUAAUUUCAGCUAGUUUUAAUGCAACAUGGACAAAAAUUAGAGAUUCGGAUAGAUUUUGGUAUGAAAAUAAAGGAGAGUCAGGAUUCAGCAGUGAUGAUAUUUCUAAAAUACAAACAACAAGAUUAGUAGAUAUUAUAAGAAGAAAUACACCAAAAUCUUCAAUUUUUCCGAACAAUCUUUGGUUUGUACAACCAGCUGCUUUAUCAACAUCAUCAUCUAAUAGUAAUUAUGGAUAUGGUGUAUCACUUGCUGACGGAUUCGAUAUGCAAUGGAAAAUAGAAGGUUCAGAUGUUAUUUUCCUAAUUACUGUGAGUAGCAUAAAUUCGUGGUUUGGUAUAGGAUUUAAUCCCAAUGGUGCUGCUAUGAAGGAUACCGAUAUGAUGAUAUUUUGGAAUAAUGAAGAUUCUAGCGGUGUUGUUGGAAUGAAUUAUAAAGGUGUUGAUCGAGCUGUCAAACCUAGACAAUUACCUCCUGAUGAUCAAAUUAUAACACUAUUGAGUGGCACAAGUGUCGCAAGUGGACUGACUACAGUUGAGGUUAGGCGACCUUUGAAUGCUAAAAAUAGAAAAUCUCUUAACAAUCAAAUCGAAAUGGUUUUUGCUUGGAAUCUUAAUUCAAAAACUUUGUCUUAUCAUGGUGGAAAUCGUGGUACAAAAAUGAUAAAUCUAUUAACAGGAGAAAGUUCUGGCUUUGCUGAUGCUAAACAAAAAAGUUUAUUGUUAAUGCACGGAAUUGUAAUGUUUAUAAUUUGGGGAGUACUCUUCCCAGGUUCUGUAUGGAUUGUUAGAUAUUUGAGACACAUAGAUUCAUAUAUGACUCAACAUCGAAAUUUGAAUCUCCUUGGUGGUGCAAUAGUAGCGGCAUUUGGUGCGGUGGCCAUGUCUGUAGUAGACUUACAAGCAAGUUCUCCUCAUGGAAUAAUGGGAAUAAUUAUAUUCGCAAUUACAGGAGUUCAAAUUGCACUAGGUAUAUUGGCAAUUUGGGCAUUGGCUAAUGUUGAAUCAGCAGCAACAGGAAUCGUUCGUUAUUUAAAACACUUUCAUUUUUAUUUGGGUGGUGCAUUACUUUUAGCUGCAUGGUAAAACAAAAUUUUAUUAUUUGGAUUAUGAGCACUUAGCUUUUUAUCUUUAAACUAAUUAUUUUAUUUUGUUUAUGUUAGGGCUAAUAUAUACUUGGGAAUGAUUCAAUUUGACACAAAAUUUAAUGGAAAUAAUAAGAAUAGACCAUAUAUUUGGGCCUACACUGGAUGGUUAGCAAGUGAAUUUUAUUAUAGAAUUAGAAACAUGCAAUUUUUAUGGCCAGUAAAAAGCACAGACGAAAUGUCAAGACGUAUUCGUGAUU